ACAAAUAAAAAGAAGAAAUAGUUUAACUCAACUAAGUAGAAUGUAAUUUUUACAUAAAAGUGUAGUAACAUCGAUUCAAAAGAUACAUAAAAUAUAGUUUGAAUAUUAUGACAUAAACAAAGUCUAUCACUUUCACAUUGCCACCCUGUAAAUUAGCAGAUUCGAGUUGCAGCGAUUGAAAAAAAAAUACAUUGCUUCAUUUCCAUGCGAUUAGGCUCUUCUUCCUUUGCUUUCUGUACAGUUUUUUUUUUAUAUCACUUCUCCAUUAUAAAAAGAGACGACCGUGCCAGCUUUAGCUCAGUAUCAUUCUUCGUCUACAGAGUGCAUAGGACCUGAUCGCCAUGUACGUUGCAAAAGUGAUUGUGCAAUUCAUGAUGACGUUGUUUUCAAUAGCUAAUGUGCGCGGUGUCGAUCGAAAUGUCCGAGAUACAACGUUCUCCGGGUUUGCGUAUGAGAUGGUAAUUACAAAGUUAGACCUUUUACUGGACAAAUGGAACGAAAUGGAAGCUGCAAUGAAGCAGGAUCGAGAAAAAGUUGAUCAAAAACUGGCUGGCGUCACUCGUACUAUAAGUCAACUGGAGAAAACGAUGAACCAUAGCCUCGCCAAACAGCAGACUCAGCUGAACCAAAUGCUUACUGAGCAAACAGUCCACGCCAAGCAAAAAAAGAUGAGACAGGAGAUACAACAGCUCGCCUCAAAGAAUGAUCUGGCUCGGUUUAGAGUCAGUUCAGGCUUGUAUCUCCAGAGUAUCUCGUCACGAUCAUGCAAGGAAGAGCCAUCAAAGGUUCUGGGCAAGUACAUUUUACAACCAACCGAGAAGGAUGAACCAUUUCUGGGAUACUGCGAACAGACUGCCUUCGGAGGAGGUUGGUUGGUGUUCCAGUAUCGUUACGACGGAUCGGUGGACUUUUACCGCAACUGGACCGAGUAUCGGGACGGAUUUGGCAGCAUGGAUGGAGAGUUCUGGCUCGGAUUGGAGCAGUUACACCGUUUGACGGCGGCUCGGAAGCAUGAACUGCUGGUGGAGCUGAAAGACUUCGAUGGAAACUACAAGUACGCACGGUAUGAAGAGUUCAAGAUUGGCAAUGAGAAGGAUCAAUAUCCGUUAGCGAAACUGGGAUCAUACACGGGAACGGCAGGAGACUCAUUGCAUGCCCACAAGGGCAUGAAGUUCUCGACCAAGGAUCGGGACAAUGAUAAAAGUGAUUCAAAGUGUGCUGUGUUUAAAAAGGGAGCAUGGUGGUAUAAGAGUUGUUACAGUUCAAAUCUUAAUGGAUUUUAUAAAAAUGGUAUGGAAGGAUACAGAAUUGUUUGGGCCACCUACAAUUCAUCUCGGAUAGGUUUGGCAUACUCAAGAAUGUUGAUUCGCGAGAAGUAACGGUGGGCGAAGUAUAAUUUCCAUCAGAUGAAACAAAGUUGUGGAACACAAAUGCCAAUUCCGAAGCCAAAGUGUAACAGACAGUUGAGUGCAAUCAAAUCGUUUUGUAAUUUGUUGAGAUAAAUGUUACGUGGUAUUGUUUACGUAUCUUUACAAGCGAAACUGUGAGUGUUAACAACCAGUCAUACAAUUGUAUGUACAUUCAUAUGAAAUAUGAGAAAGAAAGCAAUCCGGCACGGUGAGUUUGUCACUAAGAACUGCCACUAUGUUUUAUCCUACAAUCUGCAUGCAUUUCAGUCCCAACUUAUUUUCUUUCAGGACGAUUGUUAGCGGCUGUUGCACCAAAUGAACGAAACGAACAUGAUGGAAAUGAUUUGGUAGAAACUCGAAUAAAAUAGCGAUCUAAUGAUCGAACGAUUGAUUGUAUACUCUAGGGACACCACAAUGAUUGUUCUUGCAUAAGAAUUUCAUGUUGCGUUCAUAGGGGUCUUGGAAUAUUUCUCUCAGCUUUUCAUGAAAGCUAAAAGCCACGAUCGCUAUAAUUAAGAUUACUGCAACAACACAGGUCAGGAAGAUAGGCUGAAGUUUUUCGAUUCGAUACACGAAAUAAAACUAUUGAAAUUAAAGGAGAGACACGUCUGUUCCGUUCGGAGUUCAGAUCAAGACUGGCUUAAUUAUAUUUGAGUUCUAUUUAUAUAUACAGGAAAUUGAUAAUUCCAACAAAAACAAUUCAAAGAUGCUUAUCAUCUCGUUCGACCGUUUCUCUACCGGAAGAAUGUGAGUGUAACUGAGAAUAUCAAUAAAACACUGUUACAAUGAAGCGAUAUUAAGCAUACGACAGCUUACCACAUGAACCAUGCAAUCGAUUCAAGGAAUAGUCCUAGACUUUGGUUAAUCCUGGACCCUCCUCAACCGAAAAGGAAACUCCCAACUGACAAAAAGGUUUUUAAAUAUCACAUUUUUUUAGAAAUUACAAUUCGAGUUUGUUUAGUUACUCAUAGCUUUUGUUCACACAUACCAUUUCCGUGCCU